CAGAGGCGCAGAGGCUCGGGUGUUUUUUGUGCCAAUUGCCUGACCACAAAGACCUCUCUCUGGCGAAAGAAUGCAAAUGGCGGAUACGUAUGCAACGCGUGUGGCCUCUACCAGAAGCUUCACUCGACUCCCAGGCCUUUAAACAUCAUUAAACAAAACAACGGUGAGCAGAUUAUUAGGAGAAGAACAAGAAAGCGCCUUAACCCAGAGGCACUGCAGGCUGAGCAGCUCAACAAACAGCAGAGGGGUAGCAGUGAGGAGCAGGUCAAUGGAAGCCCAUUAGAGAGGAGGUCGGAAGAUCAUUUAACUGAAAGUCACCAGAGAGAAAUUCCACUCCCGAGCCUAAGUAAAUACGAAGCCCAGGGUUCAUUGACUAAAAGCCAUUCUGCUCAGCAGCCAGUCCUGGUCAGCCAAACUCUGGAUAUUCACAAAAGGAUGCAACCUUUGCACAUUCAGAUAAAAAGUCCUCAGGAAAGUACUGGAGAUCCAGGAAAUAGUUCAUCCGUAUCUGAAGGGAAAGGAAGUUCUGAGAGAGGCAGUCCCAUAGAAAAGUACAUGAGACCCACCAAACACCCAAAUUAUUCACCCCCAGGCAGCCCCAUCGAAAAGUACCAGUACCCACUUUUUGGACUUCCCUUUGUACAUAAUGACUUCCAGAGUGAAGCUGAUUGGCUGCGGUUCUGGAGUAAAUAUAAGCUCUCUGUUCCUGGGAAUCCGCACUACUUGAGUCAUGUGCCUGGCCUACCAAAUCCUUGCCAAAACUAUGUGCCUUAUCCCACCUUCAAUCUGCCUCCUCAUUUUUCAGCUGUUGGAUCAGACAAUGACAUUCCUCUAGAUUUGGCGAUCAAGCAUUCCAGACCUGGGCCAACUGCAAAUGGUGCCUCCAAGGAGAAAACCAAGGCACCACCAAAUGUAAAAAAUGAAGGUCCCUUGAAUGUAGUAAAAACAGAGAAAGUUGAUAGAAGUACUCAAGAUGAACUUUCAACAAAAUGUGUGCACUGUGGCAUUGUCUUUCUGGAUGAAGUGAUGUAUGCUUUGCAUAUGAGUUGCCACGGUGACAGUGGACCUUUCCAGUGCAGCAUAUGCCAGCAUCUUUGCACGGACAAAUAUGACUUCACAACACAUAUCCAGAGGGGCCUGCAUAGGAACAAUGCACAAGCGGAAAAAAAUGGAAAACCUAAAGAGUAAAACCUUAGCACUUAGCACAAUUAAAUAGAAAUAGGUUUUCUUGAUGGGAAUUCAAUAGCUUGUAAUGUCUUAUGAAGACCUAUUAAAAAAAAUACUUCAUAGAGCCUGCCUUAUCCAACAUGAAAUUCCCUUCUUUUAUUAUUCUUUCUUUUGAUGAGUAGGUUACCAAGAUUAAUAAGUGAGACAAAUGGUCAAUGAGAAAGAAUGGAAGAUGGUAAACAAUCAUUUUUUAAAACCUAGUAAGUCAAAACCUUCUUGGCUAAUGUGUCCUGGGGAAACGAUCCAUAAGAAAUACCACCAGACUAUAAUUACUGUCUUUGUAAAGAAAGAGAUAAAAACUGUCUAGAAUUUGAAAGGGUUUACAUAUUAUACUUAACAGUAUUGGGCUGGCCAUUGGCCCAUUUGUUGAAAAACCUAUAAAUUGUUGCCUAAAUUUUGAAGGAUCAUGAAAUCCUAAGCAGACGAGGAGAAAGGGAAUCUCCAGGACAAUAGAAGGAAAAUGGUGCCCUCUCCAAUCGGUCUCCUCUCGUUGACCAUGUUUCAGAUUUCAACCUAGAAAUGUGAGCUGUGGUUAAGCUUGGUGAGAGAGCAGCAAGAAACAUGACAGAUGGUGGCACAAUGUUUUUGGCCAGCCCUGCCUGUACAUACACAUGCACACCCUCUCUGAUAUUUUUGUCCUUUAGAUGUUCAAAUACUCAAUAGUCCUUUUGUUUGCAGUUUAGGUUCAUUUUGCCCAAAUAUAAAUAUCCAUUUAAAAAAAAAAACAAUGUCCUCGAUGCUUUCGUAGUAAUUUUAUUUUAGCCAGCUAUUUCUUUCUUGUAUGUGAUGAACCAGUUUGGAUUUGUUUUUUAAGCCUCCUGUUGGUCACUAAUCUCACUUGGUACAUUAUGAUUAAAGGAAUCCCCUCCGUUUAAAAAACUAGAUGGAUACAAAUGUCAAAUCAUGGGUUUAAUUUGUUUAGAACACAUAUUUCUCCACAAGGUAACCUGCUGUAUUUAUUUAUUUUCUUUUGGUUAAAUAUAAUUUCCAAACUUUGUGGUCAGGCAGCGUCUAAGGUUACGUUACCACAGACUGACAGUUGGUAUAUGUACCAGUCAAUCCCUUCAUUAGAUUUAUACAGGUUUAGUUAAGUAGCAUUAAAUAGGAUUCUUAGAAGAUUGUCUUCAUAGUACUUUUAAUACUUAAGGCUUUGUAAAAAACUAUCCAUGAAGGGAAAGCUCCUCAGCAUAACUGCUCAGGGAAAUAGGGCUAAAUAACUGAACAUUAAAUAAUUGGUUAAAGGUGCUGUUAGUCGAGCCUCAAUGCUUGCUACAAGGAUGUAUGUACAAGGACUGACUUUAAUAAUUUGCAUUAUAUUGUCCCAACCAGUAGUUUAUUUUUUGCCACGGAGAUGUAGAAGAUAUUACAAGCUACUGGAUGCACUGUCAGAUUAACUUAUUUCAUUAAAGAAGUUGGGAGAACAAAUAGGAAAAAAAAAACUUAUUUUUCUAGUAAAUAUUAAUGUAUUACAUUUCAAAUAAUGGUGCCUGACAUAUUGAAUAAUUAUUUUCUACAGUGUACGUAUGCAACAAAGAUAUUCCAUCAUGCAUUGGAGUCAGUUCUGGCUCUGCCUAGCUGUUUACAUUUGCAAAUGUAGCAAACAAGGUAAUGAAGCAACUAUUUCUAUUGCAGUAGAUAUCUUUGUGUGUGUGUGCGUGUGUGCGUGUGUGUGUGUGUGUGCAUUCAAGUUGUAAACGGUAACAUGAAACAAAUGAAAGUUCUUGAUAUAAUGGUAUGGAAAACAAGAAGGAAAUGAAAAUAUUUUUAUGCCUACUUAGGAAAAAAGGGUAGCACUAUUCAUUCCAAGUACUUUUUUUUUUAUUUUUAAGCUUUUUAAGCUCUUAACUCACAUUGUUAUGCUUAAGAUGAUAAACAUAUAUCCUCUUUUUAUUGCUUUGUCUAUGUUUCAGAGGAAGCAUUUCAGAAAUUAUUUUGAUAAGUGUUGCUGGAAUCUGCAGCACUGAUGUUUUUAUCGCAUUCUGUAGUCGCAUUCGCACUCCAUUUUUACAUUCAUUUGCGGUUGCUUUGCAUUGUUUUGUUUUCUUCGGGUUUUGUUUCUUAAAGUUGGAUGGCAGGUAGAGUUCCACCAGUUCGUGACUGUUGUAGUGAAUGACGUUAAAAGUGUCUCCGAUGUUGUGUUGUCAUUUCCAUUCUUGCAUUUUCGUUUUCACUUAAAAAAAAAAAAAGAAAAAGAAAAAGCGAGAGAAAGAAAUCAGGACUAAGUCCUCUGCUUCAGUUUCACUGUUAAAAAAGGGCCCUAUUCUGAUCUCACCUGUCGCGUAGCUCUAAUAUUCACAUAAACUGAAAUAAAGAGGUGGAAUGAGGAAUGCUGACAUUCAAAUUAUGUGAUUUAAUUUAUGCUUCUUAGGAAUUUUGAUGGAUGCAUCUCAAAAUAUAUAGGCAGACCUGAAAGGUGAUGAUUAAAGAUCUAAAAAAGAGAGGAGAUUUCCCAAACAACAAUAUUUAAUUUUCUUAGUAAAAAGAAUAAUAAAAUGCACAGUGGCAAUCCUCAAGCUAAAUAAUAUGUGGAAUGCUCAAAUCAGCAAAAUACCAGAAACCUGGUUAACUUGGGCAAUAUUACAGGUAUUACUUUGUGGACAAAACUAUUUCUUAAGCAAUUUCUUCAGUGUUUCAGACACAGGUUAUUCAUUUUUUGGCAUGUAUGCCUUUUUUUUAAUUUAAUUUUUUUUCUCAGACAGACGUAGUAAUGACUAGCAUUGGAAAAUACAUAUCACUAUUCUUGGAAUAUUUAUGGUCAGUCUACUUUUGGUAGAAUAUUCUUAGAUAGCAUUGACAUGAUAGAUCUUAUUCCAUACUCCUUUAUUAUUGAUUACUUUAUUUUCAUUUUUGUUUUCAUUAUUAUACAUAUUUUGAAGGAGAAGAUGUUGGGCUUUUUAAAAAGAUGAAAAUUUAUCAUAACACUAAAAUACUUAUUUUUUGACUUAUUAAAAGCCUUUGUUCCAUCUCUCAAAAAACAUUAUAACAAAAGGGCUUUUUUUUUUUUUCUUUUAAGAUUUCUAAAUCAUUUUAUCUUAAAUUGUGAUUUUUAAAUGAGCUAUUUAGGUACUUAACCUUUUUUUUUUAAGACUUUCGUGAUGAUUUAGGAAUUUUCCCUCUUGGAAAAGGCUUCCCCUGUGAUGAAAAGUAUAUGCCGGCCAAAAUUGUAUGCCAUUAAAACCUGUAGGUCUUUUUAGAUGACUUGUCAAUAUUCUAAAUUGAGCUUUGUCUCAGACUUUAGGCCAGGACCAGCUCAUGCAUUCUCACUGCCCCUGCCCCUUUUCCAACGCUUUCUCUCAUCAUAACUCCCCUAUAUCCGUACUGUUGUUUGGGAUAGAAACACCAUCUAGAGCCAGCCCACCUCUCGGAAUGUUAUGGAUUGAGAGAGACACUACACGACUCUAAGUAGAUGAGAAAAAGAUGGAGCUCUCCACGUUAAUACAUUAGUUCAACAGGAAAAGAGUGUGCCCAAUUCUCUCUACAUGACAUAUUGAGAUGUUCUUUAAAAAAAUCAACUUUUAAGAUAGUGAUGUUCUGUUCUAAACUGUUCUCUUUUAGUAAAGGUAGAUUUUAGCAAACAAGCAUGGGGAUUCUUUUCAAAGGUAAUAUAAAUGAGAAGAAAAAAGUGAUUAUCUUUAACAGCUCUUCGUUGAAGCCUGUGGUAGCACAUAACGUUUAUGAUUGCACAUGUGCACAUGAUCUAUUAUGAUCCAAUGCAAAUACAGCUCCAAAAAUAUUAAAUGUAUAUAUAUAUUUUUAAAUUCCUGAGGAAAUGCAUUUUUUCUUAAUAAAUUGAAAGAGCAUCAAUACUGCUAUUAAAAUAAUUAUUAGCCUCCUUCUGAGUGGCUACGAAACAUCACAAAGUGACCUGUCUUGAGGCCUGUGAACUGCCUGCCUAUUUAGUCCAUGAACAUGAACACAUUUCUAGAAGGGGAGUGUCUGCCAUUGAGCAGUGAAAAGUUGGGAGUCAAGAAGCUGGUGUUCUGUUUCUGUGCUAUAUGCCAGCCUUCUGCCUAAAGUUUAGAUGAGCUCACAGCUACCUAUCUUUGGGUUGAGGGUCAUGGCAGAAAAACUCAAGGCAUCUUUGGUGAGCAAGGAGGUGAAAGCUUGCUGAUGUCCUAGACACAGGAGAAAACUGAGCAAUUGAAAUGCAACCUGAACAUGAAACUAUGCUAGCCAAAAGUAAGUGCUGUUGGGUGGAAUUCUCUCAGCAGGCAACUGUAAAUGAGAAGAGAAUAGAAAGACACUUGUCCAGACUUUGGAGGGCAGUGUUAUUUUCCCAAAGAAAGACUUGGCCAAGGGGAGAGGCAUAGCUUCGCCGAGCACUUCCUUUUGGUUUUCCAUUGCUGUUUCAUAGACAGCAGGCUCACAUGUUCCUGAUAGUAGUACAGUUGUUUAGAAAGCAUCCCCGGUCACUUGCAGUAAUUAGAACCUCUGGAAGAUGCUAAGGCAGAGUGUAUCAAGUCAAGGAUGAAGAAAAUGUGAAAUUCAACAGUAAUCCACACAUAGAAACUGGAUAACGUAUGCUCAUGUGUUGUUCUCCUGAAAGGAAAGGUAGAGCUGUAAGCCUCACUCUGUCCUCCACCAGAGAAAAGCAAAAGUAAAUUCAUGAUAGAAAUAAUGUUUAGCCUUCCCCAGAGAAAAUGAUCCUUUAAGACCCAUAAGUCCCAAAACUGGAUCCUGGUUUUACUCUUGGUUGUUUUUUCAAUAUAUGAACUGCAGCAAAUCACUUUUUCUUUUUUGUGCCUCAGGUUCCUCAGCUGUAAAAUGGAAAAAUAUGUUAAUAAUAAUAAUAAUAUUAAUAAUAAUAAUAAUAAUGGUAAUGUAGUACUUGUUUGUAAAGCACUUUGAGAUCCUUGGUUGAAAGGCACCGUGGGAGUGCCAAAUAUUAUUAUAUGUGGCCAAGGGGGUUAAACUCUCAGUUCCCAAUGGCCAGGAAAGGUUGGGGUCAAUUUUGUUUAAGAUGAGCUGUAAAUAUAGUAACUAGACAGCCUACAGUGUUGACUAUGAAGAGGCAAAACUUAAGGCUGAUAAAAACCAUAGUUUCUUAUUGGCUACCAACAAGGCAAAUAUCAGAGUAACAAAUGCCAAAUUCCUUCAGGUGAACUCUUUGACAACAUGGGUAAUUUGGGGGGAGGGAUUGGGGUGGGAAACAUCUCAAAAUGCCAAUGUAAAAUUAAUUUACAGCAAUAUUCACCAGCAGAAAAUGUCUUUCAUAUGGAAUGAUUUCAUGUUGCUAAGAAAAAGAAUUCAAUUUGUAGUCCUGAUUUGAAUAGUAGAAUGUUGGCUAUAAUAGUUCUGUUCUUACAACACAUGGAAUUUUUUGUUGUUGUUUUAUUUUAUUUUGUUUUCAUAGUGCAUGUUCAUUUCUACUCACAAACAUGUUUUUGGUGUAUUUCUUAUGCAAACAAUCUUCAGGCAGCAAAGAUGUCUGUUACAUCUAAACUUGAAUAAUAAAGUUUUACCACCAGUUAUACA